AUGAUGUGGUUUCACGUAGCGGUGGCGGCCGCAGUUAUCACUACUAUUAGCGUUCAGGGCGAUCAAGUGAUGCUUCUAGAUACCACGACUGAAAAUACUCUUGGUUGGACACGUUACCCCUACGGUGCACAGGCGAGUACCCCCGGAUGGGUAGAAGAAUCUUACACCAAUUUUGAAAAGCAUAUAAACUGGCGAUCGUAUGUCGUUUGUGAUGUUGCCCACCAUAAUGUAAACAAUUGGCUUUGGACACCAUUCAUUGAAAGACGAAACGCUAAUCGUAUAUACAUCGAGAUUAAUUUCACUAUCCGAGAUUGCUCUUUAUUUCCGGGAAACGCACUGAGUUGCAAGGAAACCUUCAGUCUGUUAUAUUAUGAGUUUGACGUCGCAACACGCGAACAACCACCAUGGGAGCCUGAAAGUUAUAAACUAGUGGGCAGAAUAGCAGCUGGUGAAGGCAGGUUCAACACAAACUCAGAAGUUGACAUAAAUACAGAGGUAAAGAGCAUAGCUGUAACAAAACGAGGAGUAUACAUAGCAUUCAGAGAUCAAGGUGCCUGCAUUUCUAUUUUAGCAGUGAAAGUUUAUUACAUUACAUGCCCAGAAGUAACAAUAAACUUUGCAAAGUUCCCAGCAACCCCUACAGGCCGUGAAGUAACUGUCAUUGAACAGGCCAAUGGUACCUGUGUUGAGAACGCUGAAACGGCUCAAGGUGAGUCUCCUCCAGUUUAUUUAUGCAAAGGAGAUGGAAAAUGGACUUUACCUAGUGGAUCAUGCAAAUGCAAAGGAGGCUAUGAACCAGAUCACAGCAACCAAGUUUGUAAUGAAUGUGCCCCUGGGAAGUUCAAAUCACAUACUGGUGACGAAGCUUGUAUGUCAUGCCCUGAUAAUUCAGAGACUACAGCCCAUGCCUCUGUUGAAUGUAAAUGUAUACCAGGUUUUUUCCGAGCCAAGAAAGACCCUAAGAAUGUUCCAUGUACUCAACCACCAGGUGUACCUGACAACCUGACUGUAACAUUUGCUGAUCAGUUUUCUAUAUCUCUAGCUUGGCAUCCACCACAUAAAUCAGGUGGACGAGAUGAUGUUACAUAUGAAGUUCGAUGUACAAAUUGUGGGCCCCAUGUAGAGUAUAGACCAUCUUCAAAUGGUCUUAAUCACACUCGAGUCACUGUGAUGGGUUUAGACCCAGUUACUGAAUACAAAUUUCAAGUUUUUGCUGUUAAUGGUGUAUCAGACUUAACCGGUGAUUCUCCAAAGAAAGUUGAAAUAACUGCUAUAACAGAGGCAUCUGUAGUGAGUGUGGUCUCCAAGUUAAGAAUAGUUAGUGUAGAAAAUGACAAACUUUCAUUAGUAUGGACUCCUCCUCCUGUAGAUGUAACUGAUCCUGAUGAUACAAUUGAAAGCUAUGAAGUAAAAUGCUUCCCUAAAGAUAACAAUGAAAGAAGUGCAAAUGUCACUGUUAAAAUAACAAAAGAACCUCAUGCAGUUAUUACUGGCCUGAAAAGGGACACUGAAUAUGGAGUGAGAGUCAGAGCUAAAAUGAAGCGAGGGUGGGGAGAACUAAGUGGAAUUAUGUAUGCGAGAACAGGUGCAGGAUUGGAACCAACAUUAGUUGUUAGCGAAGAAGAAGGGGCCCGAGUAAGAUUAUUUGCUGGUGUUAUGGUUGCUGUGGUUGUUCUAUCUGUUGUGGCCAUUAUUGCCACAGUAUUAUUUUUGAGGUCUCGUACUGACGAUGAAUGUGACAAGAAACAGCCGAGUGACUGUAAUGCACUUAACUAUAGAAACGGAGAAGUAUAUACGGGACCAGACAGACCUACAAAAACAAGUAGUAAUGCAACAACACCACUCUUUGCUGGUACGGGAUCAAGGACUUACAUUGAUCCACAUACUUAUGAAGACCCAAACCAAGCUGUUAGAGAAUUUGCUCGUGAAAUAGAUGCCUCUUGUAUUACUAUAGAAGCCAUAAUUGGUGGAGGUGAAUUUGGUGAUGUGUGUCGAGGAAAAUUAAAAUUACCCGCAUGUGGUCAAGAAAUAGAUGUGGCAAUAAAAACACUAAAGCCUGGUUCAACUGAAAGAGCCCGCCGAGAUUUUCUUGCUGAAGCAUCAAUUAUGGGGCAAUUUGAGCACCCUAAUGUUAUCUUCUUACAAGGGGUUGUUACAAAAUGUAAUCCAAUAAUGAUUAUUACAGAAUUUAUGGAGAAUGGGUCAUUGGACACAUUCUUACGAGCAAAUGAUGGUAAAUUUCGUGUGCUUCAACUGGUUGGCAUGCUUCGUGGAAUAGCAACUGGAAUGCAAUAUCUAUCAGAAAUGAAUUACAUUCAUCGUGAUCUUGCUGCUCGGAAUGUAUUAGUUAAUUCCCAAUUAGUAUGUAAAAUAGCUGAUUUUGGUUUAUCACGAGAAAUUGAAUCAACCGCAGAUGGAGCAUAUACAACUCGAGGUGGGAAAAUUCCAGUACGAUGGACAGCCCCUGAGGCAAUAGCAUUUAGGAAAUUUACAUCUGCCAGUGAUGUUUGGUCAAUGGGGAUUGUUUGUUGGGAAGUAAUGAGUUUUGGGGAAAGGCCCUACUGGAAUUGGAGUAAUCAGGAUGUCAUAAAAUCAAUAGAGAAAGGUUAUCGCCUACCAGCUCCAAUGGACUGCCCUGAAGCUGUUUAUCAACUGAUGUUGGACUGUUGGCAGAAAGAACGUACUCAUCGGCCCACCUUUGUAAGCAUUGUUAAAACUUUAGAUAAACUCAUACGUUGCCCAGACACAUUGAGAAAGAUAGCUCAAAAUCGAUCAACUGAUCCAUUAGCUGGAGACACACCAGACUUAAUCCAAUUCUCAUCUGUUGAAGAAUGGUUGGAAUGUAUUAAAAUGUCAAGAUACAUUGAGAAAUUCAGGGCUGCUGGUAUAACAGAUAUGAAUGCUGUUGUAGAUCUCACUGUUCACCAGCUGACCUCUUUGGGAGUUACCUUGGUUGGUCAUCAGAAAAAAAUAAUGAAUAGUGUUCAAAGCAUGCGGGCACAGAUCCGUGUAAGUGGGCCAUAUGGGUUUCUUGUGUAA